UUUUUGUUUCUAGACACCUCGAUCCAUCAUGGCGAUGCAUGCGAAGGCAACCCCGCCGCAGAUCCCGGACACCCGCCGGGAGCUCGCAGAGCUGGUGAAGAGGAAACAAGAACUUGCUGAGACGCUGGUGAACUUGGAAAGACAAAUAUAUGCAUUUGAAGGCAGCUACCUAGAAGACACCCAGAUGUAUGGCAACAUCAUCAGAGGAUGGGACCGAUACCUCACCAACCAAAAGAACUCCAAUAGUAAGACCGAUAGAAGGAAUAGGAAAUUCAAAGAAGCAGAGCGUUUAUUCAGCAAGUCAUCUGUCACAUCAGUUGCAGCGGUAUGUGCGCUUGGUGGGAUACCGGACCACAUGAACGAAAAGCGUGAGGCAGGCAGCGGCACGGAGAGCGACACCUCUCCAGAUCUCCAGAACCAAGAAAAUGAGCCCAGCCAGGAUGACACAGAAGACGUGGACUCGACGCUGCAGGACCUAAAGCCUCAGAAGGCUGCCUCCUCUUCCUCCUCAGGCAGCCAUCACGCAAGCCACAAAAAGAGGAAGAACAAAAACAGACACAGCCCUUCUGCCAUGUUUGAUUAUGACUUUGAGUUUGACAUGAAGGUUAACAAGAAACCGCGAGCUGAUUAUUCAACUUAAUAAAGAUGACUGGAAAACCUGGACACAAGAGGAUAUGUGUAGAGAAACACAAGAUUUCUGGACUUUGUGAACUUACUUUUUUUUUUUUUUUUUUGGUCAUAUUUGAGCCUGUACUUUGUGUAUUGCUUGAAACAUUCCCCCUGUCACCUACCUUUGGUCACGGUUAGGAUUUGACCUACCGUUUUAAAGUAGAAUUGUUACUGGAGGCCUGCUGAGGCCACCUCCAGUAACGCACCACCUUGUAUAGUGUUUAAAAAAAAAAGACUAUAUUUAUUAUGUAGCUAAUUUUGAUGUUUUCAUUGUAAGAAAGUUUUGCUUUUUGUUAAGCGUCACAUAGUCGUAUAACCCCGGAAUACCCCGAAUUCUUUUAUUACAUGGUUUGUUUUGCAAAAAAAUAAUAAAAUACCAGUAACGUGAA